UCAUGCGUUUCAAGAAAACACGUGCGAUUUAGUGUGUUUUUGGGCAAACGAGCGGGUAAUUUCUGUAUUUAGUGUAAAAUUUUACGUCAAACGGUUCUGUACCAAAAGUACAAAAUAAGUCAUUAACAUGGGCCGCAAGGCAAAAUUUGACGAAACCAAUAAAGUGAAAAAAGGACCCGGGAGAAAAGCUCGCAAACAACCUGAUCCAAUUUUUCCAAAAUCUCUUUUGCAAGAAGACAAUGACCAGAAGAAGCUAAGUCACCGACAGAAGCAGCGUGUUGCUAGACGUGCCAAGAAAAAACUGGUACUUGCAGAGAAGAGGAAGGCAUUAAAAGUAACCAAAAAGAAUGUUGCUAAGGAACAGCAAGAGGUUGUAAGUGAAGAUAGUGAAAGUGAAUUGGAAGAGAAAACUAUGCAAGGAUUCACAGAUGAUAACAGUGAAUGGUUGAAGCCAAAAGUAAAGGGUAAAUUCAAACAUCCAGAGCCAGUGAGUGAAAGUGGCAGUGGCCAUGAUGAAGACUCAGAGGAGCUGGAAAGUGGUAAUGAGAGUGGCCAGAAGAAAGGUAGAAAAGGCAGUGAAAAAUAUAAGGUUGGUACCCUAGAUGACUUAUUUCAAGAUUCAGACCAGGAGAAUGGAGAUGUUACCUCAGAAGAUGAAGGAGCAGCUACUAAGCUGGAAUAUGACUCAGAUUCCAGCUUAGGAGAUAAAGGGAGUGACAGCGAUGACGUCGAUAAUGACAUGUUGCCUAUUGAAAAAGCCAACUUAAAACUUAAAGAGAAACGGAAAAUGGAUAAAAAGCUUGCAGAUGAAGAAAUGCAGUUAAACAUUUCCAAGCAAGAUGUUUUUGCUUUCCCAAGUGAAGAGGAAUUACUAAACCCAGCUAGUUUGCAGGAAGUCCAUCAAAGAAUAAAAGAUGUUGUAACAGUCUUAGGUGAUUUCAACCGCCUUAAAGCAGAUGGGCGAUCACGAUGUGAGUAUACAGAGCUGUUGCUUAAAGACCUGUGCACUUACUACAGUUAUAACGAAUUUCUCAUGGAAGUGUUAAUGCAGAUUUUCCCAGUUCAAGAAUUAGUGGAAUUUUUGGAAGCUAGUGAAGUUGCUAGGCCAGUCACAAUCAGAACUAAUACUUUAAAAACUCGGCGGCGGGAACUGGCCCAGGCACUGAUCAACAGAGGUGUUAACUUAGACCCUGUUGGCAAGUGGAGCAAAGUGGGGCUGGUGGUGUAUAGUUCUACAGUUCCAGUUGGUGCGACACCAGAAUAUUUGGCUGGUCAUUACAUAUUACAGGGUGCUUCCAGUUUCUUACCAGUUAUGGCUUUAGCUCCACAAGAAAAUGAAAGGAUACUUGACAUGUGUGCUGCACCUGGUGGAAAAGCAUCUCAUAUUGCGGCGAUUAUGAAAAAUACGGGCUCAUUAUUUGCUAAUGACGCUAACAAAGAGCGAACUAAGGCAAUUGUUGGUAACUUCCACAGGUUAGGUGUAGUAAAUGCAGUAAUUUGUAACUAUGAUGGUCGGCAGUUCCCUGAUGUAAUUAAAGGAUUUGAUAGAGUUUUGCUUGACGCUCCUUGCACUGGUACUGGUGUGAUAGCAAAGGACCCUAGUGUGAAAACUACUAAAGACCAGAAAGAUAUUCAAAGAUGUUUUAAUCUGCAAAGACAACUUUUAUUAGCUGCUAUAGAUUGUUGUAAUGCCAAGUCGAGCACUGGAGGGUAUAUUGUGUAUUCUACUUGCUCCAUAUUACCCGAGGAAAAUGAAUGGGUAGUCAACUAUGCUCUGAAGAGGAGGAAUGUAAAACUGAUGCCUACUGGACUAGACUUUGGUACGGAAGGGUUUGUCAAAUAUAGACACCACAGGUUUCACCCGUCAUUGAAGUUGACGAGAAGAUUCUACCCACAUACACAUAACAUGGAUGGAUUUUUUGUGGCAAAGCUGAAGAAAUUCUCGAAUGUUAUUCCUGAGCCAGUGAAAGAAGAGGAAGACGAAGAAGUGGAAGAGAACGAAGAAGGCAAAGUUAACGGUGAUGCAGACCCACAGGAGAAAAAACAAAACGAUGUGAAGAAACAAGUGCCUAUGAAGCGGUCCGCCGAAGCAAAUAAAUCAGCACCAAUGAAUAAGAAGAACAAAGGAGAACAAAAUAAGGAAACAUCUACCCAAAGUCCAUUUACCACUGAGAACACAAUGUUGCCGAAGAAAAAUAAAAGCAAGAAGAAUAAAAACAAAGGUAUGAAAAGUGACAAUGUUGUUGUGAACACUGUAAAUGCAGCUAAACAGAAAGCACCAUCGUUAAAUACUAAAAAUAAAAAGAAUAAACAGAAACCUAAUUCAGGAGCACCUACAUCAACAGGUGAUAAUAUUCAUUUGAAUACAAAAGAAAAACAUUAUGUAUCUUCUCCAAUGAAACAUAAUAUACUGACACCAACAGUUGAAACUACUGCUAAAAAUCAGAGUCCUAAUAAAAAGAAAAAAGAUAAAAAGAAAAAUAAAUCUAAAGACAAUCCACAUAAACAAAUAACUAAGAAUGAAGAUAAAAUUACAGAGACAGUAGAGCUCACAGCAUCAAAGAAACUUAAAAAUAAAAUUAAACAGAGAAAACAAAUUGGUCAGUUAAAUAAAGGUAAACACCAAGUAAACAAACAAGGUAUAGGAAAUAAGACGAAAAAGAAAUUCCAACAGAAAUGAC